AUGCCUCAAACCCUCGUCGAGUCCAACCUGUCUCUGGUCUAUGUCAGUGAUGGGUUGCACAUCUUCUUCCAGGAAGACAAGGACAACUCUGGAAACUAUGCCAUCUACGAAAGUCACCUCCAGGAUGGCAAAUGGAUUCGGUAUCCAACCCCCAUUGCCACCGACGCCGGUCGAGGAACCCCCAUCGCCGCGUUCUCUGCCUUUUCCCGAACAGGCACGGGUUUGACAAUCCAUGUCGUCUACCUUAGCAAGGACUAUGACUUGAGGGAGGUGUACAGAGAUGUGAAAGCAAGCUCGAACUGGACCGCUGGUAACCUCCAGACUUCGGGGGGAUCCGAUAUCCCGCCAACGAGUGAGCGUGCUUUUGCUCCUCUGAGUCUGGCAGAGUUUUAUCCUGUCGGUAAAGACGGUCAACCCCUGAUUUCGCCUUCAAACCAGUGGAUUAUUUAUCCAGUUGAGGAAGUUGGGCAAAUCUGGACCCUCCACCGCAAUGAUCCCGGACCACACCAGUGGGAGCAAGGCAAAAUCCCAGAAGGAUGGGGCAAAUCUCUUCCUGGCGCCAAGCUCUCAGCCUACCUUCAGCAAGCCGACAUUCGAUUCCUUGUCCAGGAACAUAACGGGGAUAUCAUCGAGUUCUCACGAGGCCCCCGGGAUGAUGAUUGGGCGCACUCGACUUGGCUCGAGAAUCCCAACGAAAGCAAGGUUCAAAUUCUCACUCCAAUUGCAACAGCAACCCAAUGGGACACCGACCAGCAUGUUUUCCUAGUCGGCAAGGAAACAAUCCAAGAAUACGUUGCAAAGCCGGGCCAAAGUGGCAACGAUGCAAAGGUGUCCGACCUGGUCACCUUCUACGAAGGAACCAAUAUUGCCGCCUUCCAGAAGCCCGAAUACAUUGGUGAUCCCGGAUAUAUUGUGCUUGCCUACCGUUCCUUGGAUGGUGCAAUUGCCACCCAUGUUUGGACUAAGAAGGAAGGCUGGAAGGCUGGCCCGGCUGUCACCGACAACUGAGUCACUGGUGUGGACUAUUGUGAUUAUCAAAGGAUCUCUGUGUAUCACUGUCUGCCUCUCAAAGCGUUCUGAAUACAGGCCAAGAUUAUCCAGUAGACGAGGUGGUAUUUCAGUCCAGGAUAGUGAUGAAUCGAAGUGCUCUUAUAUGAUAUAAUGGAUCGUAAAACAUGUAUUAAAAGAAUAGAUAAACCCCUGGAUAGUAGGUACAAAGGGUGAACGGUUAGUCAAGUGUGUUUGUUUGAUGAAAUACUUUAUAA